AUGUCUAACGACAUCUUGACGAGGAAUAGACAAGCACCAGCGUCGCCAUCUGAUAGAGAGGGGUCUCACAAAUUACUGCGCUCGUACAGCCUUGACCGCAGUGCUGCCCAGCCUGUAAACGAGAAGUCUAACCAAGGAAAUGUUGUGUCUUCUGCUGCACCAUCGACGUUCACAUCUACUCCCGGACGGUCGCCGUUUCUGUUUGGAAUUGGCUCCGGUAUACUACAGGACGUCAGAGCACGCCUGCCCUGGUACUGGAGUGACUGGAAGGAUGCCUACAAUUAUCGUGUUAUACCGUCUAUAGUCCUGAUAUUCUUCGCGAACGUCCUCCCCGGCAUCGCCUUCUCUCUAGACCUCAUAGAGCGCACGAACCAAUACGGCGUGGCCGAGGUCCUGCUGUCCUCGUUCAUGGCAGCGUUCAUCUUCUCCAUCUUCGGAGCCCAACCGCUCUGCAUAGCAGGCGUAACUGGACCGAUUACGGUGCUCAACCAGACCAUCUACGAUAUCACCCAGCGCGGGUCCAAUCCCCCCAACUACCUCCACUUCGUGGGCUGGGUCUACCUAUGGGGAGCCAUCCUGCACUGGAUCACAGCAGCGCUUAAUUUCUGCAACUUCCUGAAAUACGUUACCCUCUUCUCGUGCGACACAUUCGGUUUCUACGUUGCCUGGGUGUACCUGCAAUACGGUAUUCAAGUGAUCACCCGCCAAUUCUCCUCUUCCUCGCCUGAGUCGUACCUUACCUCGAUCAUCCUCGCGCUGCUCAUGCUCACAGCCUCGUUCCUGUUCCAAGCGCUCUCGCGGACGAGUCUCUUCCACCGGCACGUCCGGCGGUUCUUCGCCGACUACGGGAUGCCGAUCAGCCUUGUCGCGGCGAGCGGGAUGGCGUACUGGGGGCGGUUCAACCGCGCGAACCCCGAGACGCUUCUCACCGGCGGCGCGUUCACCCCCGCGGGUGGGAGAGAGUGGCUGGUGCGCUUCUGGGAUUUGGAGGGCAAGUGGGUGGGCAUCGCGUUGCCGUUCGGCGUGGUCCUGUGGGUGUUGUUCUUUUUCGAUCAUAAUGUCUCGUCCCUCAUUGCCCAAGGCUCUCAGUUCCCGCUCAGGAAGCCACCUGGCUUCCACUAUGACUUCUUCUUGCUCGGCAUCACCACCUUCAUCGCAGGUCUCCUCGGCAUUCCCGCGCCGAACGGUCUGAUCCCGCAGGCCCCAAUCCACACCACCUCGCUCCUCGUCAUGGGCCGCCCGUUCAAAUCAAAAGACGACCCUGAAGAGCGAGAGCGAGAGCCGGACCCGGACCCGGACCGCACGCGCACGCCCAGUCGCGACGGGGACAACGACGCGGAAGUGGAGGGCGAGCCCGAGCCGGAUCCGUCGCCCCUGGUGCACGAGGUGCCCGUGGGCGUCGUCGAGCAGCGCGUGUCGAAUCUCGCGCAGGGGAGCUUGUGCUUGGUGCUGUUGAGCGGGCCGUUCUUGCAUGUCCUGGGCUUGAUCCCGAGGGGGGUGCUCGCGGGAUUGUUCUGGUACAUGGGCCUUGACGCCCUCAUCGGGAACGGGAUCACGCAAAAGAUACUUUUUCUGUUUCGGGAUAGGAAGUUGAUAUCGAAGAGCGAGCCGCUGAAUCGCGUGAGGAAGAGUCGGAUCGUGAUGUUCCUGGCCGUGCAGCUGUUUGGGUUCGGGGCUACGUUUGCGAUUACUCAGACUAUUGCUGCUAUUGGAUUCCCCGUGUUGAUUUUCUUGCUUGUGCCUCUGCGGACUUUGGUGGUCCCGAGCUUACCUUUCACACAAGAGGAGUUAUCUAUAUUAGAUGGGCCGACCGCGUCAGCCUUUACCAUGGAAAGUGGGCCGCGUUAUCUGCUGACCGAGUUAUCUGAUCUGUCUGCCUCUGGCUUCUGGCAAAUCCAUGUCUGCCGGUCCAGCCAUGGCCCGUAUAAAGAGCCUCUCGUCGCACACCUCCUCGCGCUCCCGCUCUCCGACAUGGCCGCGUCCGACAGCCACGUCCUCGGUGUUGUCCUCCUCGUCAGGCAUGGCGACCGCCAGGGUUUCUACCAGGACCCGGACACUUACACCGCGUCCCAGACGGCUAUAACGCCUCUUGGUAACCAACAAGAGUACCAGCUCGGCCAGCUCCUGCGCUCGCUCUACAUCAACCAGUCCUCGCCCUCGUGCAUCCAGGGCAUCUCCACGGGCCUCUUCAAUUCGAACCAGGUCACUGUGUCUGCCGAUGCGGGCGGCGAGGGCGGCGUCAUCGUUGACUCGGCCAACAGCCUCGUCCAGGGCUUGUUCCCCGCGACGAGCAGCUACAACACCACACUCGCGAACGGCACCACGAUUGUCGCGCCGCUGGGAGGGUACCAGUACGUCCCUGUCCAGACAGUCGAGCCGAAUGAGGAUGUAUCCCUGGAAGGGUGGACAGACUGUAACACCUUCAAUGACGCCACCGAAGCCUUUUACAAUUCCUCCAUCUUCCAGCAAAAGCAAAAGGAUGCCGCGAGCUUCCUCAGCCAGCUCCCGCAGUACCUGGACGGGCGCUCCGUCUCGCUCACGAACAUGUGGAACAUCUUCGACUUUAUGAACGUCAACUCGAUCCACAACGCCUCCUUCGCGAGCCGGCUCCCGCCGACGUUCCUCGCCCAGGCGCGCGACCUCGCGAACUUCCACGAGUACGGCGUGUUCUCGUCGCCGCAGAUCGACGGGAUCGGGAACAUCGCGGCGCGGACGAUGCUCCCGGGGAUCAUCGAGGGCAUGCAGAACAUCGCGAACGCGAGCAACCCGACGAAGCUCGUGUACACCGCGAUCGCGUACAAGCCGUUCCUUUCCCUUUUCAACAUGACGAGGGUCGCGGAGACGUACCCGCAGCUCGCGGGCAUUGUGGACUACUCGGCAGCGGUCGCGCUCGAGGUGCGCCAGCCGGCGACGGGCGGGAAGCCCGUGGUGCGGUUCAACUUCAAGAAUGGCACCGACGCGGAGUUCGAGACGUACAACCUCCUCGGGGCGAGCGGGGACGUGGACAUGCAGACGUUCAUCGACACCCUCGCGCCCGCCGCGGUGAACACCACCGAGCAAUGGUGCACCGUCUGCUCGAACCAGGUCGACCGGGGGUGCGCAGCGUACUUCUCUGCGUCCUCCUCGUCGGCCACCUCGCACGAGAGGAUCAGCCCCGUCGGCGCGGGGUUCCUCGGCGCGGGCCUGAGCGGGGCGGUCGCGAUGAUUGCGGUGGGGCUGUUGAUGUGGGCGGGGGUGCUGGCGUUUGGGAGCCGGGUGAGGGGCAGGGGGAAGGGGAAGGCGGAGAGGCCCGUGGUGAUGGACCAUGCGCGGAGCGAGAGUGAGCGGAGUGUGGGGUCGGCGGAGAAGGUGUGAGUUGUAAGGUGGGUUGUUGUAGGAGUUGUGCUGUAUGCCACUGCCAGUGUAAGGAUAGUCUGCCAAGGCCUUUACGGUUUGUUAGGAUUUGACGGGUUUGCCAGGUGUAAUGUUUUGCAUGCGUUGGCGGGUUUGUUGUUGC